AUAGGUGCUCUCAACCAGGCCAAUUUACCACAACAGGCAAACGAAGAGAAUUCCGAUUCCAGUGAGAGUGAAAACGCUGUUUCACCAGUUGGUCCACGUGGAUCAAUGGAUGCCCCCUGGUCGUUUACGGUUGAGCCACCUCCGGAGGUUAAGAUCCAUUCAGCUUCACAGAUUUUGGCCGUUAUCCGCCUGUUAAAAGUUGGUGGUAUAAUGAUUGCUCCUCUUCGCGAUAAGUUUGUGAAACUUACUCGCCGGUCGGAAGAUGUGUUCGAUCGAGUCAAUUUGUUAUCAGUCAGCUUUGCUCCUCUUGUCCUGCCCGAACCGGACACACGGGCUUCGUUUGAUCCCCCUCCGAUGACAAAAAUCCCAACUCUAGAGCAACUUACCAUACGCGUAUUGCGUUGCAUGCUUCGCCGUAUCAUCCUUCAACGCCACAAUGGUGAACUUCCCACAAUCGGUCGAUUGGAAGAAGUGGAGGCCACAGCACGACCUAGAAAACGCCAAAAUUGUGCUCAACGAGAUGCAUCCGUCAGCCCCAGCUCAACCGUAGAUGAUUCCACAGAGCCAUCAGCUUCAAAGAAGCCUUCAAGUUCUCUGGGGGAACCUGUCGAUGGACAUUCCCAGGUGGGAUCGCAAAUGUUGGACCCUGAUCGGGACGCGGAUGACCAGGAUAGCGAAUUGGAUGACCAGGAUGGGGAUGAAGAUGAUGAUGACGAUAAUGACUCUGUUCAGUCUCACAGUGUACCCGAUUCUUCUGCUUAUUGGUCUGAGUCGCCACCUAACACGAGUGGAGACAGUCGUCCGUUACCUCGUGGCAGUAUGGCACGUUUAUUGUAA